AUGGGUACAAAAUCAAAGGAAAAAACAUUUGAAUUGCCUGAAACUGUCAAUGUUAUUGAAUGUGAGAAUCAGUGCAAGGUGUAUCUAAUCGGAACUGCACAUUUCAGUGAGGAAAGUAUUGCUGACGUCAAAAAGGUUAUGGAACAUGUACAUCCUGAUAUCGUUAUGCUGGAACUCUGUGCUAAUCGAAGUCAUACUUUGACAAUGGACGAAGAAAAUAUCAAAAGCAACUUAAGGACAUUAAUAUUACGUCCAUCAUUCGAAAGCACGGUGUCAGUUCAGGCGUUUUACACUAUCUCUUGCUUCGACUAA